CACACAAACACACGAAAAAAUGGCGGCGGCGUCUCUGAGUAGUGAGUUUAGCGACUUGGUUCAGAUUAAAAAGCAGCUGAUUUCCGUGAUAUCGCAAUGCAAGGAGCGCGGAUUGGUGCACAGUGUGAAGUGGGCAUCCGAGUUGGCUUUUUCUCUUGAUCCUCUCCCACUGAAUGAGAUUCCCACUCCACCACAAAUCACUGAGGACGAAGCCCACGACUUGGAUGCUUUGUGUUUGGCAAAGUCGUAUUUUGAUCUAAAGGAAUAUGAUCGUACAGCAUAUUUCCUGCGUGACAGCCGCAGUCAGAAGGCAUAUUUUCUCUACGUGUACUCGCGCUAUCUGUCAGGAGAGAAGAAGAAGGAUGAUGAGACGGUGGACAGUAUGGGUCCUCUGGAGAAGGGUCAUGUGCGCAAUGAAGGUCUGAGGGAACUGAGAGUGGAACUCAGCAAGAAACACACCGCUGGAGAACUGGAUGGAUUCACACUCUACCUGUACGGGGUUGUGUUAAGGAAGUUGGAUCUGAUAAAGGAAGCAGUGGAUGUGUUUGUUGAGGCAACACACUCUCUCCCUCUGCACUGGGGUGCCUGGCUCGAGCUCUGUAACCUCAUCAGCAACAUUGAAAUGCUGAAGUCGUUAUCCCUGCCGGACUGUUGGGUGAAGGACUUCUUCAUGGCCCACAUGUUUACAGAGCUGCAGAUGAUUAAAGAGGCACUGCAAAAAUACCAGAGUCUGAAGGAGGCUGGAUUCUCCAAGAGUACCUACAUUAUCUCCCAGAUCGCCGUCGCCUACCACAACAUUCGAGAUAUUGACCAGGCACUGGAUCUCUUUAAUGAGCUCCGUGAACAAGAUCCAUUCCGCAUCGAAAACAUGGACACGUUCUCUAACCUGCUGUAUGUCCGGUCUAUGAAGCCGGAGCUGAGCUAUCUUGCCCACAGCCUUCUGGAAAUCGACAAGUACAGAGUGGAGACCUGCUGUGUCAUUGGUAAUUACUAUAGUAUGCUGUGUCAACAUGAGAAAGCAGCUCUUUAUUUCCAGCGAGCGCUGAAACUGAGCCCUCGCUGUCUCGGGGCCUGGACACUGAUGGGUCACGAGUACAUGGAAAUGAAGAACACGUCUGCUGCCAUCCAAGCCUACAGACAUGCAAUCGAGGUGAACAAGCGGGAUUACCGGGCAUGGUACGGACUCGGUCAGACUUACGAAAUUCUCAAGAUGCCCUUCUACUCGCUCUACUACUACAGGAAAGCUCACCAGCUCAGACCGAAUGACUCCCGUAUGCUUGUAGCUCUUGGUGAAUGUUAUGAAAAACUCUCACAGCAAGUUGAAGCCAAAAAGUGUUACUGGCGGGCGUAUUCAGUGGGAGAUGUGGAGAGAAUGGCACUGAUCAAACUUGCCAAGCUUCAUGAGCAGCUGAAUGAGUCGGAUGAUGCGGCUCAGUGUUACAUCAUCUACAUCCAGGAUGUUUUCUCUUGUGGGGAGCAGUUGGAGCAUGUGGAGGUGAGCACAGCACUGCGUUAUCUUGGUCAGUACUACUUCAAGAACAAACUGUAUGACGAGGCGUCAAUGUGUGCACAACGCUGCUGUGACUACAAUGAAGUACGUGAGGAGGCAAAAGCUCUACUGCGUCAGAUCUCAGCUGUACGGGAACAGGGAGAAUCAUCGUCUGAGCAGAGUGUGUUUAAUCCACUGAACACAACCACACACACACUACAGAGUGUGUUCAACACCACCACCACACCCAUUAGGAGAGUGUCACCUCUGGACCUGUCCUCCAUCACACCCUGACACACACAGACAUAGUUCUCACUUUAUCAUGUUAUUAUCCUUAGCGACAAACAACGCACACAGGGAAAAAUACAGGAAGAGCUGGUGGUCUGACUUUCACUGAUGAUGAAGACAGUGAGCAGAGCACUUCCUGCUGGUGUUUAGUCAGAGCACCGGAUGUCUAUGAGGUGUAGUUCAGGUCACAUGAUUAAAUAUUCACCUGUGUUUGAUUCUUUGAGCUUUUGUAUAACUUUUGAAUAAAACUGCACUCGAUGUUC